AUGCCAAUAUAUGCCAAGUUCAUGAAAGAUAUAAUUUCCAAGAAGCAUUCCACCGAUACGGAACCGAUCAUCCUAACUGAAAAAUGUAGUUCCAUUCUCCAAGGCAUGAAAAUUCCAGUGAAAAAGAAAGACAGGGGAUCGGUUACUAUUCCAUGCACUAUUGCUGAUAGGAAAUUCAAGAAGGCUUUGAUUGAUUUAGGAGCAAGUGUGAGCUUGAUGCCACUAUCCAUGUAUAAGAAAUUAGGCAUCGGCUCUAUUCAAGAUACUCGAAUGACACUUCAGUUUGCGGAUCGCUCUAUGAGGCGACCCUAUGGAAUCAAAGCCAAGGCUGCUGCGAUAGAUCCUACUACUACUUUUCGACCUGGAAAUCAGAGACAAAAAGGGUAG